AUGGGCCCAAUUACGUUGAUUGAGCAAACUCGUGCGAUUCAUGUUGCUGUUCGCCUAACGCAAAAAACCUAUUUCUCCGGUUUGUUAAAAUUAUUGUCAAAACCAGAUGUAAUAAUCAAACCGCCCUCCAUAGCUCAAGUCGCUCCGUUUUUAGACGCAGAUGAAUUAAUACGCGUUAAUGGACGACUAAGGUACUCUUCGCUACCUAUGAACGCUAAACAUCCAUUGCUAUUACCAAAAUCGUCACAUUUAACCACCUUAAUAAUUAAUUAUUACCAUUCUGCCUUUUUACACGCUGGUCCAAAAUUUAUUGUUUCUGCAUUAAGACAGCGAUUUUGGAUCCUUUCCGCACGUAAUGCAAUACGUCAGUGCAUAUUUAAAUGCAUAACUUGUACUCGGUAUAAAUCUAGCCAUCCUAAACCGUAUAUGGGUGAGUUGCCCACGCCACGCGUACAAUUUCAGCGUGUUUUUAUGCAGGUUGGUAUGGAUUAUGGUGGACCAUAUAUGGUAAAAGAGUGUAGGCGAAGAAAUGCUCGCACAACAAAGGUGUACAUAGCUUUAUUUGUUUGUAUGGCAGUAAAAGCCAUACAUAUUGAAAUAGUGUCAUACUUAUCUUCCGAAGCGUUUUUAGCAGCAUUGGACCGGUUCGUUGCGCGACGCGGUCUAAUGAAUGACUUUUACUCGGACUGUGGUACAAAUUAUACAGGGGCAGCCCGUCAAAUGAAAUCAUUAUUUGAUGAUACUGCAGUACGACAACAAUUAACAGAACGUGUUCCGUGCAAUUGGCACUUUAAUGCACCUGCUGCACCUCACAUGGGAGGUUUAUGGGAAGUUGCUAUUAAAAGCAUUAAAUUCCAUCUCAAACGAGUAAUUGGUAUGCAAAUUCUUACGGUUGAAGAAUUCAACACGCUUACAGUACGCAUUGAGGGUAUAUUAGUAGUAUAUAGAAAGCGGGAACUGGCACACAAAGGUGCCGCGGUCAUUGAUUUGUUGUGCUAG